AUGAGCGCUCCGCCUCUACAAGACCACCCUUUGGUGGGCAUGCCAACCCAUACGGGGGCUCAGGGUGGAACCGUUCCUUUCCCUAAGCGCAGCAUGCAUCUCCUCUCCCAGAGCCGUCUUAUUACCGACGGCACAGCCCAUCACUUCAUUCUUUGUUCGCCCGCAGAGGCGGUGGACAUGGCAGCGGUUCAGCGGCAGUGUUCUGUGUCCACUCCAAAGGGCGCAGAAGGAGUCACUCUCUAUCAUGUGCCACAUUCGGGGGGCUCGGGACGCCGGGUAGUUGCAGUUUCGGUUCCUAUUUCUCUUGCGGCGUCUUCAGUCUUGGCAAUGGAGCUUCUCAAGAAGCGUCUGUUUGCUUGGGAAGACGAGCUUAAUGCUUCAUUCGGAGCCAUGGAGGAGGACGAAGACCCUGCCGCAUCAGGCGAUGCAGCGGCAGGGAGACAGCAGGCUGCAGUAGCAGCCGCUGGUACUAACACAGCUGCCAGCGCCUCUGCAGUUCAGCCAGUGGGACACCAACAGGUAGCUCCUGCUUCUGGGAACGCAGUGGACGCUUCCGCGGGCGCAGCGGCUGGUGGAGCUCCCAUGCGGGCGCAUCCAGGGCCUAACACCGUGACAGCCCCACAAGGCGUGGGAGGAGCCCCCAGCCAGCCAAGCUCUGGGGGACAGCGGCCUACCUUAUUCAACCUGCUUGAGGCAUUGGCGAGUGACAGUGUUACGACCCCAGACCAGAGGAAUUCGAUCCGUGGCAUUGUUACGGAUUUCCUGAACCACGACCUACCCCAUUCGAAAGUAUACAGUUUCAUUGGGGCCGUUGUGGGCCACGAUGUGCUCCACACGAUUGUAAGGAAGCUGGAAAACGAACCCGGCAGACUUGGAGUUCCUGACGCGGGGGGUCUGGCGAGAAUAGAAAAAGCCUUUGGCCUUAGCAAAACGACGAACCAGCAACCAGCUCACAGUCCUCAACCCUCAGGGAGCGCCAGCAGCACGACGCCUCAUGGUGUUGUAGCAGGGGGGGCUCGUUCGUCAGUGGGCAUUCCCCAGGAUCAGCAGCAGGCGGCCAGCGGCGCUUUUGAUGGUGGGGCGUCAGGUCCAGGCCUGACGAGUAGAGAUGCCAUCCUCAGGGUGAUCAGACGCAACCUUGACUCAAGGCGGAUGCCCCCACAGAGCACAAAGGAUGUGUUCGAGAAAGUUCGUUGGCUGCCAGUCCGGCGCCCUCUGACUCCCGUCCCCGUUUUUGGGCACACGCUGAUAUCGUUCAGCAACAAGGCUAUAUUCUUUGGGGGGACGAACGAAAGAGGAGAAGGUGUAAGCUUUCGCAGUGCCUGCGUUAUUAACCUGAACUUCUUCUCAUCCCGCAUAUUUGUGUUCUGCGGAGAAUAUCCAUCUGAAAGAGACGGCCACAGCACAAACGGUCUUACCUUACAGCACAGCCCCGGUGUGAUUCUAUUCGGGGGUCUGUCGGGGAAUCACUUUUGCAAUGAUGUCUACAUUCUGGAGCUGGAUUUCAAGAGAUGGGUGCGGAAGCAUCCAGCUGGGCUGCCCCCAGCGCCGCGUGACCAGCAUGCGGCUUCGGUUUUCCCGGCCAAGACAGAGACAGGGAACUGGCGGGAUAGCAGUUCAGACAAUCUCUCGGAGUUCCUGUUUGUUUUCGGCGGGCGGACAGGUAACCCAAGCGUUUCAUUUCAUUGCUUGAAUGACAUGUGGGCUCUGCAUAUUCCGAGCAACACGUGGACUGAAGUUCGUGUGGGGGACACGAAGCCGCCUCCUCGAUACGGCUUCUCCAUGAUAUGGUCGGAAGAUCUUCAUUUGAGUUUGUUUGGAGGAGAGACGCACGGCGCCAACGGGAGGGUCUCCUGCCGAGAGAGAGUGUUGCUUGAAGACUUCUGGCAUUUCAAGAUUAAGGAUAUUGUGAAUGAGGCGCACUCUGGGCCUGUUGUUGUAGGAGAGUGGCAGCAGGAGAUCUACGAAGGGAAAAUAGGCCCACGCUCGCAUUACGCGGCGAUUUUCAUCACACAACGCUACCAGGAACCAAGGGCGGAGCCACGGACAAUCGAACGGCUCAUGCUGAUAACUAGUGGCGUCACAACAGUGAUGGAGGGUGGUAGAGCCCGCGCCACGGAGACGGACCAGAUUAGUGUGUACUUCUUUUCCAAAAAGCAGUGGUACACCGUUAAGCCCCGGUAUCCUGCGGAUUAUGUUGGGGAGCCUUUUGGUGCUAGACAGCGCCAUGUCGCCUGCUUUUUCGAGACCCACAACCCCCUUGCCAGGCCUACCCGCCCUCCCGUUCCGUGUUUGUUCAUUCACGGCGGGUUCCGGCGUCAUCAGGUGCUCGGAGACGCUUGGGUUUUGUCUCUCACCGGCGACGAUCCCUACAAGGGGCUAAUGGCUCAGGGAGGUCCAGGCGCGGUUUCCUGCCCGGUUGGGGGAGAGUCGCUACACUCGCAUCUUAUGGGUCACGGCAUAAACUCAAUGAGAAUGACACCCUCGUGGUAUCAACGGGACACCCACACCCCCGGCAUCCUUUGGGCACUGUGCAGCCAGCAGAGGUGGUUGAUGGGGGCCAUCGCACAGCUGGUAGACAACGCUAUGCACCCGUCUGUAGGCUGCCGCAACGUUUGGAUCAAGUUUGAAGAGACUCCCGACAAGGAUCCGAUGCUCUCUGUGCAAGACGACGGGCAGGGACUUGACUAUCCGGCAAUGAAUAAGCUGUUGCGCCUCUAUGGCAGCUUUGAGCCGGGAGAGCGUCGGCGAAAGGGAUACGAGUACGGCUGCGGCUUCAAGAUGGCCUACGGACGUAUUGCGUCGAGCUGUGCCAUAAUGUCCAGAACGCAAGGAACUAUUGGCAUAGGCAUGCUGUCUCUGGAACUUAUGGGCCACUGCGACGCUCGGGAAAUUGCGGCACCGAUGUGCAUGUGGCGUUUGCCGAACAAGGAGCUCAUCAAUAGGGACCCCAAUAACAUGGCAGAUCACCGGCACCAUCAGCGUUUGCUAAUGACUUACACUCCCUUCACAACCCCAUCGCUUUUGGCGGAGCAAAUAAACGUCCUGGGUACAAUGCCGGGGUCAAGGAUGGUGUUUUGGGACCUUAGAGAUGACCUGGAUUCCUUGGUGGUGGACCCGCGAGAUAACAUGAUGUACCUGUCGUCCGCUCCGGAUGUUCGUUUGCCAAGCCAGGGAAGAUGCGGUAGCUCCUUCGUGUCAAGGAACGGCGAGCUUGGGGGAUGUUCUUCCGAGGUCAAAACGGCGGACCAAACAAUCCCUUCUUCUGGGACACCUACAACGGACAGCAAACCAGCGGAUACACAUGUGGUACCGAAUGGAUUGGCCUCUGAAGGUUCGGGGAAUGCAAGCGACGAAAAACCACAGGCGAUUCGUGAUCCGUGUCGACCCCCAAUUGAUGAAGCUGCAGCAGCCAAUGCUCACGUAGGGCCAGAGAUGCUGGAUGUGGACGAAGAUGGGAAACCGCUUAACACUACUGUGCGGGCUGGCCCCAGCAAUACAGAAGAUGGAAAUUCAGGAGAAGGUGUAAAGUCAGAACAGCCAAAGGAAGCGGGGGGCGAGCGUGCUAGCCCUGCAGAUGCUCAAGGAGAGCAGGCCAAAAGCCAGAAGUCUUUGCCUCCGCAUUUCCCCCUGUGGACAACUGCGAGGCAUUCGCCGGACUACUGCUUAGCCACUUACUUAUUUUGGCUCAACUUGCAUGCACCAGCCACCAUCCACGUCCAGGGUGUCCCUCUUUCGCCGCAGGCGUUGAGCUAUGGUGGGCGGCAACGGGAGCCACGGGAGACCAAGGCUGCAGCUGAGGUGAUGGAAAGUACUGCUGAAACGCUCAUCAGUAAGGAGCAACAGGAGGCGGCAGAGUUGCAGGCAGAGGCAGCAAGUGGUCUCAUUGCAUCAAUAUCUCGGCCUCAAACAGCCUUGGCAGAGAAGCGGUCUGCUGACGGGGAGCUCAUGGCAGAUGGCAGUCCCGUGUCGCCUUCGUUGUACCUUUUCUUGAAGCAGCGUCUUUAUGCCCCGGCAGAACUUUCGUACCUUUUUACCCCAGCAGAUCACGAUGCCGGAUGUUUCGCGCUGAUGGGAUUUUUGAACGACCCAAUGGGAGAGUCAUCUCAGCCCAGGGUUUGUGAGGCAGGGGUUAUGCUGUACUUCAAGCAGCGACUCAUUCGAAAGUUGGAGUGCACGUUUCCAGACGCGCCGAAGUACAUUGAAGCAUCGAGAUACCCGCCGAGUGAGCGUCUAUUUGGGCAAGAUGGAGAGCCCCCGCAAAUAUGCCGAUAUGCUUUCACCGCGGUGAUAAAUGUCCCGGAGUGGAUGUUGCCUUCUUUGAACAAGCAAGAGUUUCUCCACGAGAACAACAAGCCGUACCUCAAAUUUAAGGCGAGAUGCCUAAAGCUAAUGCAGGAGUAUCUCUGUCGUUGCAGGAACCAACAGGCAUUAAACGCCUGGCUAGAACAGAGAGCGAAACGACUGAGCGAGUACCAAGAUACGCAGAGGCGCAACAGGCCGAAACGUCGCCUUAAUGAAGACCUAACAGAUGAAGAACAGCCUCGCCGUAGCCCAACUCCGCCGUUGACGCAUUCCAGCUCUGGAGCCCCCAUUUGGACGGGACAGCGAGGUAGUAAUGCAGGAUUUGCGGAGCAUGGACCUGCCGGAGCGAAACAGGCACAGGAAUCAGGUGGAGCUGAAGAUCCGCCGCCAUAUCAGAAUGACGGAGAAGCUGCAGGUGAAGACCCGAUGGUCGCAGCAGCCCCCGUCAAAAAGGGUGAGCUGGGCAACGACGAUAUGGCCCAGGACGGAACAGGGGCAAACGCAAGCGUGCCUGUCGCCAAUUUCACUGAGACUGAAGAGAAGGAGGCGAAGGAUGAAGGCGCCGGCGAUCUCACUGAAGACGCACCAGGGACAAACAAGUCGCAGGAACCUUGGACUCAGGAAGUCGCUCCUGCGGCAGACUGA